UGUCAGAAAUCCGGCCUGGCCCGUACCAAUAUUUUAGUUCAUUUUGAAGUUGUUCAUGGAGGUAGUAAUUAAUUUAUGAUACGAUGACGGCUGUAGAUUUUGCUUGAAACCCAUGUAUUUUCAAAAUUCUUUAUGAUACUGAAUGUAUUUGUGUAAUUAUCCGUACACUAUCUAAUCAGUGUAACAGGAGUGCCAGACUGGGGUUCGAACCCAGGAAUCUCCAAACUCUGAACUGAGGAUCUACUAAUUGAGCUACCUGGUUGCCGACGAUCGACCCAGUCCAAUUCAACUUACAUUCCACUUCCUCUUUUUUCUGAGUCUUCGCUCCCAAAUUAACAACUUUUUACAACCAGGAAGACUGUGGUAAUAAAAAUGGACCAAAUUCAGAAUGCUAGUAUACAGUACCACUACGCACCACAGACUGGUGAGCUGGUGGAAGGAUUUGACCCUAGUGGUGUACAGCCUGUUGGGGCAAUGACGGGAAUCAUUGACAGCCGACAAGUCAUCUACACCACCAGUGAUGGGGAUGGACAAUUACAGGUGUACCACCAUGAUGGCAGCCAAGCCAUACAGGGACUAGAGGGCCAGGACACGAUUGUGUUUCUUGACGAAGGUAUGGAGGUGGAGACAGAGACGGAGGUGGCCACAGCAUCCGAGGCCAUAGAGGCUGUCAAGUACAUUGAAGAAGGUGGAGACCAGAUGCAAAAGUUUAUUAUCCAGAUGGCACCACAGGACCAAGAGGUCAGACAGGAGCCCCAACGUAUCAUAAUUCCAGGCUUGGAGAAUUAUGUAGUACAGUUGGAUGAACAAGCCCAUCGACCAGAAAAUAUCCGUCAUUUUCAAAGUAUACAGCCGAGAAGUGUAUAUCCAAAGAUAGCCAUUAAAGCUAUUGAAAAACCAAUGAGGUCGCAACCUUUGAUAUUGAAACCGCCACAGAUUGCCCAACAAGCUGCACCCCAGCCAGUCAAGCCUGAGGCUACUGUAAUCAGUAAGAGUGAAACAACACUACCGGCAAAAGUGGUGAUUGACUCGAAGCAAGUUAAACAUCACAAAAAAUAUCCAACAGCACAGAGUGAAAAUACAGAAUACAUCUAUGUUACUAGAACACUUACAUCCCAUAAAGAUGACUCUCAGGAUGUUGGAAAAUCAGUCUAUAACACCAUUAAAGUUUCAAGACCCCCAUUAAAACAAGUUGAUACUAAAAGUACACCAGAGGCAACUGUACCUGUUAUGUCACAUGUUGAAGGGUCCUCUUCACAACCAGGAAGUUCACAACAGGUGGCAUCACCUGAAUUGAACCAAGAAACAGCACCAGCUCUAAUCCAGAUGAUGCCACCAGUUUCAAAACAGGUGACAUCAAUGUCACAACUGGUGGCAGCAACAUCACAACAGGUGGCAACAACACCACAACAGGUUGCAACAACACCACCACAACAUGUGGCAAAAGCAUCACAACAGGUGGCAACAUUAUCACAACAGGUGGCAACAACAUCACAACAGGUGGCAACAGCAUCACAACAAGUGGCAGCAUCAUCACAACAAGUGGCAGCAAUAUCACAAAAGGUGGCGGCAGCAAUGGUGCCAGUGCAGGCCUCAGAAAUAGAUUCAAGAACGUCUUCACAACAAUUACAGUCGCUGAUCAAACCUCAAAACAAAGGACCAAGGAUGGUGUCUGUGCUUGGAGCAAGCCGAAAUAUUGUCAGGAAAGAUGGCAGUGUCUUUCCUGUAGAUCCAGUAUCUAAGAAGAUAAUUUUUGUACCACUUUCUGCAGAUGAAGCAAAAGAGGCAGUCAGUUUAGAUGAAAGUUCAAAAGAUGUGAAUUCUGAUGAUGAAGCAUCAGAUGUCAGUGAUGAAGAGCAGGAACCACUGGCAAAGAAAGCCAGACCAAAAUAUGAAACUUUAGAAAGAGAGACAGAAGGCAAAUGGAAGGGAAAGUGGAAAAAGAAGCCAAAUUACAAGAAUCCUAAACCAAAACGGCAUUUGAGUCCAAAAGACGUGGCCCCACCACCAAAACAACCUGCAAAAUACAAAAAAAGAGAUAAAUCUCAUUCUAAAAGCAUGGAGACAGUCACUUUAGAUACAAAUAUUGUGAUAAAGAAGGAAGUAGAAGAGGGGGAGAAUGUCACUUUACAAAAGCAGAAGAAAAAGGAUGAGGACGAACUGGAAGAAGAAUUAGAGGAGAAGAAAUGUCGGAUGUGCCUUGCCCUCCACAAUGCUGAAUGUCCAUUGAUGCGAAGGCGAGUUAGGCUGAAUAUAAAUGACAAUAUGAGCUGUUUGAAUUCCACCAUGCUUUCCCUAAAGUCACUCCCCAAAGAAUUUGUACUCAGUAGCAGAGAUGGACAUGGUCUAAGUGUGUUUGCCUCGGACGUCAUUGAGAAGGGCACCCACUUUGGACCAUUGGUGGGUGAACAAUUGACUUUUGAACAGAUUUCACAUAAAAUGGACUUCACACAUCUGUGGCUUAUCGAGACAGAGGAAACAAUCAGCGCAGUGGACAAGAAAAUAAUUAAGUACAAUUUCAUCAAUACCGGCAAUGAGAUGACAAGUAACUGGUGCAGAUAUCUGAGGCCCACUCUGAAUGCACAGGAAUGUAACCUGAUCAGCUAUUGUAAAAACGAGGAGAUUUGGUUUGUAGCCAGGGAAGACAUUCAGGAGGGUGAAGAGAUGAUAAUGUAUUUCCGCUUCAUCGAGGAUCUACAUAAUGAGCUAUGGUUUGCUGACUUGUGUAACCGUACCCAGAAGCUGUGUAAGAGGUGCGAUGUGGUCUACACAAACCUCGUCAGCUAUGUGAAACAUGUUCAGGUGUUUCACCCAUACUCGCUGAAAAAACUCAAGGCCAUCUGCAAGGAGUGCGGUCUGGUGUUGGAGAGUACCGGAGAACUGACCGAACACUGUAAGGAAGCACACCAAGGCAACGGAGCUUUUGUUUGUAAGGACUGUGGAAAACAGUUCCCAAUUCCACGGGGCCUUCAACAACAUCGAAAGUUCUUCCACAUAGUCGAGGGCAAUUUUGCUUGUGAGCAUUGUGGAAAAUGUUUCUUCAACAAGUUCAAACUGCGGAAUCACAUGAGAAACAAACAUUCUGGAAAAGAGUUCAGAUGUGAGGUCUGCAAAAAGGUAGUUGGGUCCCGAAACGCCCUAAACCGCCAUAGGAAGUCGCAUACUGAAGAAGGUUACAAGUUCACAUGUGAUCGCUGCGGAAAGUCUUGUCGUGAUAACAGUAACUUACGUUCGCACAUGAUAACCCAUAUCAAAGCUAGGCAAUUCCCUUGCACAGUGGCAGGGUGUUUGAUGAGAUAUGGGUCCAAAGUUGCUCUGCAAAUGCACUUUGCCAAAACCCAUCUUCUUUCCCCAGAACAGAUUAAGGUGCAUAUGCUCAGUAUAAUUAAUACGGAGAAACAGGAUGGGGAUGAAUUACAGCAGGAAGUGGUUACAGCGCGUGUUAUGUCUGGUACACAGACUGAGAUAAUCUAUGACUUGGAAAGUGAGGAUGAAGACGACUUUAUAGAUUGUUAGCUCACCGGGUCCGAAGGACCAAGGUGAACUUAUGCCAUACCGUGGCGUCCGUCCGUCCGUGCGUCAACAAUU